AAAAAAAAAAAAAAGGAACCGUGUGGAUAACUGACCGAGAGGGCCGCCUCUCACAAUACUGGGAGAAAACCCGCUCAGUCGAUCUAUUGAUGGGUUGAUUUCUUGCAACCAGAAGCUUUUUUUAAUGCCAUUACUUUCUAUUUGAGGCAGAUUUGCACUCAGUAGCCUAAUUCAUUGUUGGCUCGGAGGCGGUUGUCCUGAUGAAGUGUCAGCAGAGGGAGGAGGAAGCCAGAGAGAGGAAGGAAACGAGGAUAACGUCACGAAAAGCAGAAUCGGAGUAAAACGGACUGAAUAGUAAUGGACAGUGCUUGAUGCGGGCCGGGGACCCGAGCUGAAUUGUGUUUGUUUACGUCGCAUUGGACAAAGAUGUUUUUGUUAACUGGUCGGGUGUGAAAAAAAAGGGGAAAACAUUUCGAGGAGGAAACGGCAGCACAGCAGCAGCAGCAGCAGCAGAUUUCAUCUUUUUCAGGAGGCUCCACUAAAGCAGAGAAAUGGAAAUGUGUGUAGCCCUCCUCCGUUUGCCUGUUCGCUGAAGGAUUUGGAAACAGCCUAAUCGUGACACACGGAGCUUUAAGUGGAUCUUAUUUUUUAAUGAGUGAAAAAGACAUAUAGCUAAAUCUUUUUUGGGGGACGUUGCUUUCGGUUUUUCCACGGCAGAAAAAAAAGCAGCAAAAUCAUCGGGGGAAUUAACAGGUGACGACCCUGACAAAUCCAAAAUGAGUGAGCUGGAGCAGCUUCGCCAGGAGGCCGAGCAACUGAGGAACCAGAUUCGAGAUGCCAGGAAAGCAUGUGGAGAUUCAACCCUGACACAGAUAACUGCUGGUCUGGAUCCUGUGGGGCGGAUUCAGAUGCGGACACGACGUACCCUCCGGGGCCACCUUGCUAAGAUCUACGCCAUGCACUGGGGCACUGACUCAAAGCUUCUGGUUAGUGCCUCUCAAGAUGGAAAACUGAUCGUCUGGGACAGCUACACCACUAACAAGAUACAUGCCAUCCCCCUGCGCUCCUCCUGGGUGAUGACCUGUGCAUACGCCCCCUCUGGGAACUACGUGGCCUGCGGAGGCCUGGACAACGUCUGCUCCAUCUACUGCUUGAAGACUCGCGAGGGCAACGUCAGGGUCAGCAGGGAGCUACCUGGCCACACAGGUUACCUGUCAUGCUGCCGUUUCAUUGAUGACAAUCAAAUCAUCACGAGUUCCGGAGACACCACAUGUGCACUGUGGGACAUCGAGACGAGUCAGCAGACCACUGUUUUCUCGGGCCACAGCGGUGACGUCAUGAGUCUGUCCCUGUCGCCCGACCUCCGCACCUUUGUGUCGGGAGCCUGCGACGCCUCGGUCAAACUGUGGGACAUCAGGGACAGCAUGUGCCGGCAGACCUUCACAGGCCACGAGUCGGACAUCAACGCCAUCUGUUUCUUUCCCAAUGGCAGCGCCUUCGCCACAGGCUCAGACGACGCCACAUGCAGGCUGUUUGACCUGCGUGCAGACCAAGAGCUCAGCCUCUACUGCCACGACAACAUCAUUUGCGGCAUCACCUCCGUGGCUUUCUCACGCUCCGGCCGUUUGCUGCUGGCUGGUUACGAUGACUUUAACUGCAACAUCUGGGAUGCCAUGAAGGGAGACAGAGCAGGGGUCCUGGCCGGCCAUGACAAUCGUGUGAGCUGUCUGGGUGUGACAGAUGACGGCAUGGCGGUGAGCACCGGGUCCUGGGACAGCUUCCUUAAGAUCUGGAACUGAGCCAUGAAUAUAAACAGCAAACACACACACACACAUACAUACACACACACCUCCAACAAACACCGCUCCCAUCUUGGGACACAGUUUGCACCCUGUAUUCACUGUAUGUAAGAUUCAACAGACAAAUUGCAACAUUGUACUGUACAUAAUAUAUAUGACUUAGGUAUGAGUUCACACACACACACACACACACACACACACACACACACACACACACACACACACGCAAACACACCUAAAACACCUAGCCCUAAACACAUGCCCACAGCUGAUUUAAGUACAGAAAAACACACACACACACAUAUAUAUAUAUAUAUAAUCUUUAAAAUUUAAAAAUGUGAUAAAAUACAGUUGGAUGUUCAGCUGCUCAAAUAAAAAACACAAAUGCCACUAUUACCUGAAGCCUUUUAACACGUCUAACACGCUCAUUCACACAACACACACAACCACACACACAACACACACGCACGCACACACACACACACACACACACACACACACACACACACACACACACACACACACACACACACACACUUUUUCCUGAGAGAUAUUGCUCCUCGAGUUAAACAGGGGAGAAAACGUUAUUGGACAAUUCUGUCUUUGUUUACAAUGAAGUCCAAAAUGCACUCCAGACAAAUUUUUCUGUACUAUUUUUGUCUCAGUACCACAUGUAUCUCUGUGAUGCUAAUGAGAAGGAAGAAUGGUUGUGGAAAGAGAAUCAUGGGAGUCCAUUAACACUGAAAAAAAAGACAGGAUGAUCGUCUGAGUCCAGGGAAAAUAUCAACUCUUAUUUUCAUCUGGCUCAAAACAUUAUAUAGUCACUGUUUUUAUAGCUAUGAACCCCCCACAUACAGUACAUCUGCUCUUAAGUUUUUGUUUUAUUCUUCUUUUUUACACUUAUUUUAUUCAUGUUCUCCCUGUGUGCCUCAGAUACACUUUAAGGAUUAUUAAUAGACAAUAUUGAUGAAAUUAAAUUAACAAAAAAAAAAAGAUCUGAGAUUCAAAAGGUGGGUGAAAAAAAAUAAAAGCAUUACUGUAUAAGACAUCUUAAUAAAGCAGGAGCCAGUAUUCAUACUUUGACUUUGUCAAUGUAUUAUCUGGACAUUACGAUGGUGUAAUUGUACAUAAUAUUAAUAAAUAAUAGCCUCUCCUGCCA